AUUGCGAACUGUGUGUACGUGUUUCGCGCGCACGGCGUUCAUUAACGAAAACAUUGCUUUCAAACUGAAUUGUUAUGAGAAUAGUUGAUUGUUAAUAACAAAACAGUGAAAUGCCAACCGACAUCAUGCCGGCUGCGUGUCGCGGUGUCCAUUUGAGCGACAAUUUCAACAGGAAAAAGAACAUCGAUGCAGAGGUUAAGUCCGGCUUUUUGGUGCUUUUGGGACCUGACGGCAUGCGGCAGGACGUAAGAGUUGUGGUGUACAGAACAACGUUGGAGCACUUUGCUGUUAUAUAUCCGAGGAAGAGAUUGUCGAAGGCCAUCGGCGUGGUCAACCUGAGGAACACAUCAGUAGACCGAGACGAGAACAACAGUGGUUUUGUUGUCAGACAAAAAGGUUAUGACAAUACCGUGUCGGCUAAGUUUGUGUGCUCAGAACGCAAUGUGGAGGCAUGGUUGGCUGCGUUCACGACUCGCUCCUCGCCGCAUAGUCAGCAUCACGCCAGUCUACCGGUCCUCGUGGAAGGCGAGGAGAGCUAAAACCGUUACCUAACCGAUACAACAUCGGUUUUUGUGAUUGAUUUGUUUUCGCAUAUAUAAUGCGAAUUUGCGACACGUCGCAACGAGGUUGUGUUUGUUUUGCAAUGGGAUGCGAAAAGUGAAAGCGAGAUUUUUUUUUGUGAGCGCAUGAAAGUGCUCUCUGUAAUGAUUAUGCACUUACCGGAGAAUAAAAAGCGCCUGUGACUCAGUGAAUCAUCGCAGUGACUACCGCUGUCUCGCUGAUUGCCUGGUAUUUUUUUCUUUGGUAACUUCGACAAUCUGGUAUACAAUUGAUAUUAAUAUAUAGUGAUGCAUAUACAGACAUAUAUUGAAGUGUGGUUACAACAUUAACGAAUAAUAACUAGCUACCGUUUAUAAUAAUAGUUUAAUAGUGCAGAACACUUAAAUCAGAAAGUUACUUCAUUUAUUCAGUUAUGUAGUAAUAUGAAAUAAUUUUAAUUACGGAGAGUCAGAUGUCCUUUGAUGUGUCUAGCUAUCGUUUACAUAUGGACUUAUCUGUCUUUCAAAUGUUGUAUUGAAAAUUUAAAAUAGCUAUGUUCAUUGUAGUUAUUUCUGUAUAUUGUCACCAAGCGUUCUUUUCAAUAUUCGAGUUUUCAAUAGUCGAGUUCGAGUAUACUUAACUGUUAUAUUAUUUUAUGAGUCAUCACAUGAUUUAGGUCAGUCUGUAUUUUUUUAUGAAUUGUUAUUUAUUGUUGUCAGUUAGGUAUCUAUAACCGGAGCCGCGCUAUUUUUUUUUAAUAUUAAUCGUAGAAUAUAUAUAACCAGUAUGCAACUAAAUUACGUUAAAGAUUUAAUAAAACAGAUAAACCAUAUAUUUGUAAUGCCUAUGCAACAUUAUGAAAACAAAAUGCGAUUGCUUCACCGACAAGAAAUCAGCUUAGCUAUGAAUAGGAAGAACAUUUUCACAGAAUGGCCGUCUGUAUUAGGCAACAUUAACAAAAUAAUAAUUUUCGACUUACAUCACUUUGCGUUGACGAAUCUUCUCACUGAACUUAUAGUAUUGGCUACGAUGGCUUUUAGAGGAUUUUUAUUAUAUAAUAAAUAGAUAAAUACUAAUUAUUUGUAUUAGUUAUUCAUAAUUACGAAGUAUGUCACAUUCUUUUAAACUUACCGCAUCGAAAAAAAAUUAUUAAUUAAAAAAAGAAAUACAUAUUUACUAUACUCACACUGAUUUUAAACAAAUUAUCUAAAAAAAAAACAAAAAUGGCUGUUGAAUUGAGAAUCUUCUCAUCGAAUUUAGUUAAACACCUAUUACAACAACAUAAGUUAUUGUAGUCAUAAGCAUCAUACAUGCCUAUUGCAUAUAUUUGAGAAAUAUAAUGUCUUAAAAUGACUCAAAAACGUAUUUCAAAAUGUCGACAAACAAUGUUUGUAGGCAAAUCUUGCGCCACGUAAAUUUUGUGUUUGGUUGCAUAGGCAGAUUUUAGUUAUUACUAAAUUAUAUUACGUGUUACUUACGUACUUUGUACACGGAUUUAGUUAUUUCAACACCAGCUUUCGUUAUUUACGUAUAUUAAGAAAAAAGGCGCGCUGUGAUUAGCACAAUAUUACGAUUAAAGUUUCUUUUUUAUUAAAAAAAUAUAGGGCAUAGAUUGUGUUCUUAGAAAUCAUAGACAAGACAUUCAUUUCUUUUAUUGUUAUAUAUUUUUUCUUUUUUAUCUACAAUACUUUGUGAUUUUUAUACAGUAAAAAAAUAUAUGUAGUUUUUAUAAAAUUCUGCCCUUUUUACGAAUAAAAAGAACUUUUAACUUAGGAACGUAUGUGUAGUAUGUACCUAUAAGACUAAUUUUGUAGUAAAAUACUAGGUACUUAUUACAAAAGAAUUGAUAAAAUAAUAUUUUAUAAGUCAAAACCAGUUUACAGUUACUAAAGAUUCUCUGGAUUCUAAAUCACAAAAAAUUCACACGACUUUAGAAUCUCUUAUCUUUAUGCGUAAAGUCGUUUAACCAACGGUAGCUUAGGCUCAAUUUUCAAGGUCAUUAUUAUAAUAGUUUGUAUGAGAAGGGUAAAAGCAUUGUAAGGAAUUUAUAAGAACAGGGUCACGCUUUUAACGGCUUCAAUCUUGGAGACUAAUAAUGUGACCCUGUUUGUUACGUUUUUAAUUUCUUACCAUAAAUGGGGUGCUACCAAAUUAUUUCCAUUCCCCUUUACAGGCCAUACGAUUAGAUCGGUGUUUCCCAAUUAGUGGUACGCGUACCCCCAGGGGUACAUGAUGUCACAUCAAGGGGUACGUGCGGCUAUCAGGAAAAACAAGAACAAUUUCCAAAAUAUUAUGUUAUAACGAUCACAUCGUAAAAGCACGGAGCCCGAGCACUGACCGACCGUGCGCUAUCCCGCGCCUGCCGCAUCUUACCAUUGGGCUGCCGCCGUCUCCCGCCUCCCGUUCCAGCUUCCCGCCAGUUUGUUUUUGUCUUAAUAUAAUAUUAGUGUGAUUGCUACAAUAAGGGGUAUGCAAGGUUUGAGGUCUUUUUUUAGGUGGUACUCAGCAAAAACUAAUUGGGAAUCACUUUUGAUAGAAAUCAGUGAUCCUACUACCUAAAUAAAAACCAAAAAAAAGGUAUAAUUUGAAAUUAUUACAUAUGUUUUAAAUAAAUCAAUGCUACCAAGAUAUGAAAUUUGUUUAACUAAUAGCAAGGAACACCAAUAAUUUGGCAGCACCUUAUUGUAAGGAUAGCUGUUGUAAUUUCAUGUGAAAAUUAAAAAUAUGUUUGUACGAAUUUGUAUAUUUUUCCUUUGUAUAAAAAGUACCUGCAAAAUUACAAGAGUAUGUAUUUCAAAAGCAUGACUAUUACGCUAUGUUUGUAAAAAAUACUAAUGCAAUAGAAUAGAAAAAUAUUUAUUCAUAUUAAAAUAAACUUACAUUGAAGCACAUUUGAAUAGUCAUCACAAUUUUUUUUAAUCUACCUCUCAUUCGGGAUGUUCUCAAGAACGAGCAAGGAACUUGCGUUUUGCUCUUUUAAAUAUUUUCGUUGUAAUUUUACAUUUUUAAAUUCAAAUGUGUGAUACAAUAUAAUUUUUAAACACUCGGAUUGUCAUAAUUAAGUGAUGUACCUAUUAUAUAAAUACUGUUGUCUUAAUUAUUACUUAAAAAUAUUUAUAAACCUUAAUACCUUAAGAUACCAUUCGGCAUCACUCUCUUAUUAAAAAGCAAUGGGAUCAAUAAUAAAUCUAUAAAAUAUAAUUAAUAUGUGAAGUAAAAAAAAAUUUUAAUUACCCUGUAAAGUAGGUAUUAUGUAAUCUUUUUAUGACUUAGUAGGAAAAGUCCUAAGUUCGUAUUUAUUCGACACUAAAAGAACGAUGUGUUAUUUCAUGUCUGUCUGUCUCGCCGACGAUGUAAACAGCUAUAACAAAGGAAAUUAUUCCUCCUGUCAUAUUGUAUUCAAAUAUACGCAGAAAAACGUUAAGUGUUGCCUUAUCACGUGACUGACAAUUGAUAAUGCAUCUAAUUACGUAUUUAUAUCGUUAUGUAAAUUGGUCUGGAUUAUUAUUAUCCGGGAUAACAGUCAUGAAUAUGAAAGUAUAUGAUAUACUUUAUUGCUCUUGUAAUAAAAUAUAACAUUGUUAUAUAAAAGGUAAAAGGACCUAUAUAAUAAAGACCAGAGAAUUUCUCUGUUCUCUGAUAAAGACAUAUAUAUCUAUAUAUAAUAUUAGACAAACGAAAUCAGCGACUUAAAUUAUUUGCAGACCAUCAAUUCAUUUUUUUUUAUUAACUGUUUAUACGAAAGUACCUAGGCACUUUCGUAUAUGUUUAUCGCUAAUAACUCCGUAAUAGUUAUAUUUACAAAAAUACUUUUAUGUUGCUCUGUAUCUAUCUGUUUUCGUUUCUCUUUAUGUUUUACGGCAAUAAGCACAAAAAAUAUAAAUAUUUUUUCAAAAGUUUUUUUAAAACGUUCGAUUUUAACUCUCCUCUUACUACUCGGUUGUCUCUGCCUAUAUGUAAUGUAUACCUACUUAGAUUUAAAUGUAUAUAUUUUUAAUGCGACAUUCCACAUUGUAUUGUAUGCCAGUUACCUAUUAUAAGUUAUGUAAACAGUCAUUUGUUUUUCUAUUGUCAAAAAUAGAGAACAUUAAUGUGAUACUGAAAUUGUGUGAUUGUUUGUAAUAAGGAUAUUAUUUAAGCA